UUCCUUAAUCUUCUCUCUUUAUUCCCCUAUCUUUCUUUCCCACAUUUGUUCAUCAUCUAAUUGCCUAGAAUUCGUUAUGAAGGAGAAUGAAAGUGAGUUUUAUAAUAGCUAUAUCGGUGCAUUUUCUUUAGUGAAUUUCCAUUGAAACUGAGUUUUAUAAAGUCUGAUUAUUUUCACUCAAAACCGGUUGUCUGCUUAGAUUGUAUAUUCAUCUAUGCACUUAGACUAGGUAUCUUGAAACCCCAGAAAAUAAGGGGAGCCUUUUUUAUUAAAAAAAUAAGCGAAAACAAUUUAAAGACUAAUGACAGAGAAGAGCAGUAAUAAGAGAGUGAAUAUAAGGAAGCUAAAUUAAUACUAGUGAUAUUGCUGAAAGGUCAAUGAAAAUGGUAUAUUUUAUGGCAUUUUGAAGAUUCCCAAAAUGGACGUACUUUUGCUUCCAUUACUCCUGGGUUUUGGUUUUGUUAAGGAAUGCUUCAUUCCUGGUUAUUAAUAAAAAUUCACCUAUAAUUUUCAAAAAUAAAAACUAAAAAAUAUUAUUACAUUCCUCUUCUUGAGAUGCUACGGCGUGUCGUUGCUUAUGAGAAUAGUAAGAUGGUAAAUGAUGAGAAGAGGAGGGUUAAAAUGGUAAAAUAAAAACGACAAGCGGGAAAUUCAUGGGCUAUGGAAGCAUCACGCUAGGACCCUUCACUGGUUCUUGGAAGCUGCCCUUUCACCGUUCUCUUCAAGUAUUAAUAUCAAAAUCCGCCAGAAUUUUCUGUUAAUCUCUAUCACAUUCAAACUCUCGCUCUUUAGAGGUUAAUUUGUUCUUAGUCUCUUUUAAUUACUAAUAAGUAAGAAAGAUUUAAAUAUCAAUUAAUCAAAAGCUCUCCAGAAUCAAGAUAAACUACGAAAGACACCCAGAUAACUGCUAUUGGAAACAAUCUCUCUGUUCUAUCGUUUUCAUCUUUUUUUUCCUGUGAAACUUUGUUUUCUGCAUUUAAAUCGCUUACCUCGUUAUUGGGUAUUUGGGUUUUUGUUCGGAGAAUGUCACGGUGCUUACCGUUUCCACCGCCGAGGUACGUGCGGAAUGGAGUGAGUGGGGAGGCUCUUUUGGAGCUGAUUAAGGUUCAGAGAGAAAGAGUGAAGGCUGAAAGGGAAAAGGAGGAGGAGAAAUGGAGGAGCAAGAAAGAGACGAGGAAAGAAAGGGAGCAAGGAGAGAUUUGCCAGAAAAAACCAGGUCAUCAUGAAAGGCGUCAGCGAUUCAGGGGCGAUGAAGGUGGAGGAAGGAGUGAAAAUCAAGGUAAAACUGAAAAUGGAACCCAGGAGAUGGAGUCGAGCGGCCUCACUGAAGAGCUUAAGCAGCCUACAUCUGACAGCUUUUAUGAGUCUUCAGACAACAGCCAAAGCAUUCAUAAGAAAAGAAACGCGGAUCCCGCAAUGACUGCCAUAAUCAUGGAAAUAUUGUUCAGAUUGAUGUCCAGCUCCAAAAGCACAAGACUCCUGAAGCCCUAUCCCGCAAACCAGACUGCUCUACCAUAAUGAUGGAUUCUGUAGUGCAGAAAAAGCUUGAAUUACCUGUUGAGGAGCAGUUUUCUUCAGCCUUUGGUGUGCCAGCUACUGACGUCCAAGAGUUUGUUCCACCACCUCUAAGAGAGCUUUGUCAUUCUCUCAGACAGCUGGGAUCUAUAUGGAUGAGAAAUCCAAAAUGACUCUAACAGAACAAUUCAGAGAGUUAGAGGAGGAGAACUGGCUUCCCCGUCCCCUGCAGAUUGAGCAAUUUGAUGUUGGUGAUCAAGAGGGGCUCUUUGAGAGGAAGCCGCCCAGAGGCGACAUUUGCGAGACAUCCGAUGCUAGCAAUGAUGUCCUGCACCAUGGAUACUCUACUUCAUGUCCCUAUGAUCAGUAUUUACUCCACCACCCUUUAAUGCUGGAUUCUGGAGUCCAAAAGAAGCUUGAUUUGGGUCUUACACCUGUCAAAGAGCAACUUUCAACUGAUUGGGGUGUGCCUGCUACUGAUGAGAAGUCUGAAAUGGCUCCAACAUCCAGCUGCUCUGAAAUUAGCUUGCUGCAGAUAGAAUCACAAUUCACAGAGUUAGUCGCGAACUGGCUUCCCCCUUCUUUGCAGUCUGAGCACUUCGACAUUGUAGAUCUCGACUGGCUCUUCGAGACGAAGCGACCCAGGAGCGACAUAAGAGACACAUGUAAUGCUAGUUAUAAUGUUUUACAUCAAGGAGACUUCACUCAGUAUCCAGGUGCCCAAUACUUGCCCCAGGCUAACAUAUAUGCCCUGCCAUAUGCAGUACCAUACUAAAACUGACAAGAGGAAAACGACUGUGGUGUAAGAUUUUUUUUUUUAAUCUAUUGGUUGUCGUCUGCCCCUUUUUGUUUAUAAACAGUUUGGGAAUAGACAUAUAUGGUCAUGUACCAGCUGUGGCUGCGCCGUCAUGUUACCAAGUACUGAAUGACUUCCUAGAAGAUUUGAAGAAACUGGCUCGGCUUAGUAUUAUACUCUAGUGCCUUUAUUUUUAGAAAAGAAAAAAACGUGUUCAAACUCCUG